AUGGCUACCCCCAGUGUUCUCGCUUUUGACGCUGAGGGUCGGGCCAUUGACUUUGAGGUCUGGGUAGAUGACCUGCAGCUUUUCCUACAGUGCGAUAGGGUAGACGAUCUCUCCCUCUUUGACCUCACCUCUGGCGCCUCCCCUGCCCCUGCUGCUGACGCUGACGCCACUGUUCGCUCCGAGUGGGCCACGCGCGAUGCUGCUGCACGUCUUGCUGUGCUCGCUGACCUCAUUACGCACCUCCGCACUAGUGACACUCGCUACCGCGCUGCGCUUCCUGCUGACUUCUGCGCCAAGAACCCCCCCCCCAUGUACAUCACUCUCUACUACAUAGUCACUCGCCUCCCUGACUCCCUUCGCGUAGUCAGGGACCACUUCCUCUCAGUCUGUCCCACCACUCUCACUGUUGACCUCCUCGAGAAGUCCCUCCUAGCGGCCGAGAAGAGUAUAGUCGCUGUAGGGGCCUCUCGUGGUGACCCGCGCACCCCCAUCUUUGAGGGGUGUUCCCCCUCCCCCCUACUGCCCUCUGUUGCCUCUGCUGCUGUGGCCGACCUCCUUGGUCUUGAGUCGGUCGGUGCGGCGUCUGCCCCUAGCGGGAGACGCCGCUCUGGCAAGGGCAAGGGGGGCAGGGGCACUGGAGGGGCGAGCGGGGGCGGUGGAGGUGGAGGUGGAGGCGGCGGGGGGAGUGGGGGUGGCGGUGGGAGUGGUGGUGGGGGUGGAGGUGUCGGUGGCGGCAGUGGAGGUGGAGGCGGCGGCGGCGGUGGCGGUGGGAGCGGAGGUGUUGGAGGUGGCGGCGGUGGAGGAGGCGGCGGAGGCGGCGGUAGUAGCGGAGGCGGCGGAGGCGGCGGAGACGGCGGGGGUGGCGGUGGUGGUCCGCGCCAGCAGCAGCAGCGCGGUCGUGAGACCCUGUCCCCUUAG